AUGGUGCAGAUGAUGGAGUCUCAGUGCGAGUACUUCAUGUAUUUCCCGGCGGUGCCCAUCACGGACCUGUCCGAGCCGGCCCGGUACCGAACCCUACCACGCCGGAGCCACCUCUACCUGGGGGAGACGGUCCGCUUCCUGCUGGUGCUGCGCUGCAGGGAUGCGGGCAGGGCAACGCCGACCGAGCCAGGCCCCGGGGGCGCCGCAGCCGGCGUUUUCGGGAGCGAAUCGCGCGGCGGUCGCGCCUGGCGCGAGCUGGCCGGCUCGCUGCGCGCCGUGGCCAGCGUGAGCCCGGGUGAGAGCGCUCGCCACCGGGCCGGCCAGCACCACCACGACUACGGCAGCAGCGGCGACGAGGGCGGCGACGACGCCGGCGACGACUACAUGGCGGCGGCGGAGGCGGCCAUCGCCGCGCUGGGCAGCAGGGUGGACUCGCGAUGUCGGACCUUCCGGGACUGCAAGCCGCUGCUCAUCCACAACUCGCGCGCGCCGGCCGGCCGCGAGUUCCGCAGGGCUCCGCUCCAGUCCCCCCUGGACGAGCCGAUGGUUCUGGCGGACGAGGUCGUCUUCCCGCUGACCGUCUCUUUGGACCAACUCCCCGUGGGCACCGUCAAAGUCAAGGUGAUGGUGACGGUGUGGAAGGAGGAGGCGGAGCAAGCCGAGGUGCAGGAGUCGGGCUACUUGAGCGUCCUGCAGCAACGGGAGCCCUCGCUCACCUUCAGACACGACCUGAACACCUUCAAGGCUCAAGUGAGCACCACCCUGAGCGUCCUGCCGCCUCCCGCCGUCCGCUGUAAGCUGAUGAGCGUGUCGGGGCGCCACCUGGCGGUGCUGAAAGUGCUCAACAAGGCGUCGCAGGAGGAGGUGCGCGUGCGCGACCUGCGCAUUCUGCCGGACCUCAACGCCUCCUACCUGCCCGUCAUGCCCGACGGCUCCGUGCUGCUGGUGGACAACGUUUGCCACCGCUCGGGCGAGGUGGGCAUGGCGUCGUUCUGCAAGGUGGACAGCGCCGCCGGCCGCCUUCCCAGCACGCUGGGCACCUUGGAGGAGCACGACUUCCUCUUCCAGCUGCACCUCGACAACAUGCCGCAGGAUGAGUCCAACGAGGGCAUGGAGGUUCCUCUGCUCGCCGUGUUGCAGUGGUCGACUCCAAAGAUGCCGUUCACCAACUGCAUCUACACCCACUACAGGUUGCCGAGCGUCCGCCUGGACCGGCCGAGGUUCGUGAUGACCGCCAGCUGUCCCGCCACCGUCCAGGUCAAGGAGCGCUUCAAGGUCAAAUACGUGCUGCUCAACAACCUGCAGGACUUCCUGUCCGUGCGCCUCGUCUGGACUCCCGAGGGGCGCGGUCAGAGCGAGGACGCCGCGCCGUCUGCGGUGGUGUGCCACAGCCCCCUCAGCAACCUGGGCCACUGUCGCAAGGGCAGCACUCUGACCUUCAGCGUGGCCUUCCAGGUCCUCCGACCGGGACUCUACGAGCUCAGUCAGCACAUGAAGCUCAAGCUGCAGUUCACGGCAUCCGUGUCCAACCCGCCACCCGACGCCAGGCCGCUCUCACGUAAGAACAGCCCGUCCAGCCCGGCCAUGCGAGACCUGCUGGACCGCCACCAGGCCAGUUUGGGCCGCUCCCAGUCCUUCUCCCACCAGCAGCCGUCUCGCUCGCACAUGAUGAGGACGGGCAGCGCCAUGGAGCGGCGCGCCAUCACGCCCCCGGUGGGCUCUCCGGUGGGCCGGCCGCUGCACUUGCCGCCGCAGGACAAGAGCCUUCUGUCGCUGGACAAGAUUGCCAAGCGGGAGUGUAAAGUUCUGGUGGUGGACCCGCGACGCGCGGAGGACCUCUAGGAGGACAUCCGGGAGAACGCACCUCAAAGGACGCCUGGGAGCAGGGCAGUCCGGAGAUUGGCGUCCUUGGAAAAAUGCGCUCUUUUGCCUUGCGUGCAGUCUUCACCACAGCAGCUCAUACAUCAGUACUCCUGGGCGUAUGUUCGGACUCCGGCAACCCCUGCCCCCCCCCCCCCCCCCCCAGAAGCUUUGGCCGUCCACGCGUACCCGUUUGUUUGUAGUUCGCCGCCCCGCCGUAGGCGCUCCAACAAGCCAAAUGGCAACGUUCCCCCAUGUCGGCGCCACUCGCCGUGGGCCCUCAAAGUCCAAGGGUAGCUUUGGGGCCAUCUCGGUGCCAAGGAACUAUGCGGUCGUCAGUGGGGGGGCCUCGGGUCGUGCCGUGACACCAUCUUGUGGCAUCUCUUGGCCAUUGGAAGCCUUUUUCAAUUGGACAAUACACGCGCAUGUUGGUUGCCAUUUGUAGAACAAUGUCAUCAUUGUCAUCAUCACCUUCCCGUGACUCAUUUUACAAAGGAAGACAUUUCGGGCGACGUUUUUGCAGUGUUGUCAGUCGACAUCAGUAUCAACUUGAAUAAAGUUAACAGCAAUCCCAGCGCCCAAUGAAA